ACACAGGAAGGUCAGGUACAGUAUCCAGGCUCUAUUAUAUAAGGCCAGAAGAAUAUAUGCUGGAAACCUGACAAGAAGGCUUUACAGCUUAGAAGGGGAAAGAUAAGGAUGAUCUUUAGAGAACAGACCAUGGAGACCUUACUAAUUUUUGCUUUUGUAAUGAGUAUUUUCUCUUGUUCAGGGCUACCAAUGUAUGACUACGAACCAUCCAUCGCAGAAAAUGCUCUGAAUGCCUCCAUUGCAAGACUGAAUUCUAGAUUGCAAGGGCGCAAUCUCUUUGGUGUCAUCAGGAGCUAUGUUAGAAGGGUUGACCUGCUUGAUGACAACAGCUACAACAUAAUGCUGGAUUUCAAUAUUCAAGAAAUCACAUGCUCUAAAGAUUCAGAGAGAGACCCAUCUACCUGUGACUUCAAAACAGGGCCCUAUGCGCAAGCUGCUUUCUGCAGAAGUACAGUAUAUGUCUCUGAAGAACAGAUUCAGAACUUGGCAGUCCAUUGCCACCAGGACUCGUCGAGCUCAGAAUCUGCAAGCAGUGAGGAGAUGUGGUACUUGAGAAUGAUGGAUCUGAACAGACGGGGUAAUGGCCGCAAUGAAGGGAAAUGAAGAUCCAAAAGGACCAGAAGCCACAGAUGCAGCAUACCAAGAAUAAACUUGAUAGCAAUUACCUUUGCUUUUUGAAACUGCAAAAGCUGUUCUGUAAUGAAUGGACUGUCUUUCCCACUCACUCACUCUGUGUUCAUGUCAAGUAUCCUUUGAAUGUGCAUGCAAGAUACUAAAUGUGUGAAAAUUGGCAGGAAAUAGCAUUUCAGUGUAUUAGAGCUCAUUAGGAAAGAUUUCAUGCAUCUAGCAUAACUGUGUCCAAUACACAUUGUAUCAUCUUCUAAUGGUGCUAUUAAAGGGUCAUUA